UGUGGAAAUAGAAACGAAACAAUGCAGAAACAAACUGCUGCUGCAUUAUUAUACAAGUGAAGAGAAUAGAAGAGUGCCAUUUUGGCAAGUCGCUGCCUGGUUUUUUGCCCGUUUCUCUGUGGCUGUGUGUGUGCUGUCGUGCGCUACCCAGUGUUCGUUCUAAUGUUUGAAACAAGACAACAAACAAACAAGCAAGCAACCACACAGAACUUUUCUUUGGCAGCCGGAAAUCUGAUAUAGCCCGGGCUUGUGAUCGGAAUCGAAAGCAGAACCGGGAACCGGGUAUCGGGAUUGGAAUCGCCGCAGCGACAUCGCAGAGGUGACAGAGGUGGCAUAGCGAACGGAUUGCAACAAUAAUCGUUCAAUGACAGCAACCGCGGUCGCACAUUCCUCCGCCCCUUCCGUUAACGGACCCUUUGCGGUGGAGCGAGCACAGAGCAGUUAACAACGCCCGCUGGAUCGAAAGAUAUAGCACAGAUAAAACCGAGACAGAAACAGAAAGUGUUAGUGUUCUGGUCCUGAUCAAGGAAAGAGGACCCUUUGAAGGACAGACAACCCCAAAAAGAGAUUGUGCAGUCUAUAGAUUCCUUUAAAUAGAGGCUUGGAGCUCCAAUCAGGGAUAGCGGAAACGGAUAUCCACAAUACACGACACAAUGGUGAAGACGUUUCAAGCCUAUCUACCGUCCACGAAUCGGACAUACUCAUGUGUUCACUGCCGCGCCCACCUCGCCUCCCACGACGAGCUCAUCUCGAAAUCGUUCCAGGGCAGCCAGGGGCCGGCAUAUCUGUUCAAUUCGGUGGUGAAUGUGGCCUGCGGCCAGACAGAAGAGCGGGUCCUGCUCACUGGCCUCCAUGCCGUGGCCGAUAUAUACUGUGAGUGCUGUAAGACGCCGCUGGGCUGGAAAUAUGAGCAUGCCUACGAGUCCAGUCAAAAGUACAAGGAGGGCAAGUUCAUCAUUGAGCUGGCGCACAUGAUCAAGGAGAAUGGCUGGGACUGAAGGACCAACGCGAUGGCAUGGGAUCAGCAUUCAGCAUUCAUCAGCGGCAGCAGCAGCAGCAGUGGGAAAAGCAGCGAGUUCACACACAACAAGACACACACCUGGCAUGGCAUGGCAUAAGACAUAAGAGUGUUGUUACCCAAAAUGGCUAAAGUCUGGCGACGAAGCGAAGAGUGGAUCGGAUUACGGACACGGAUACGCAAACAGUUACAGAAUCAGCAAAUGCAAAUGGAAACGAGAGGGAUCGAGUUUUAGGGUACACAACAAUAUAGUAUAUAUGCUAUUAUAUAGUGCAUAACUCGUCGUAUCGCAUAGGACAAAUACCCAAUCAGACAUCCAAGAAAAUACUACAUGCGAUCCAUAUACAAAACACAUGCACACACACAUAAACCACAACUGGAUUGGGCUUGGAAAAAGGAUCUCUGCGCUGGACGCUCGAUAGGAUUUCCACACUUUCAUUUCAAUUGCAGUCUCAAUCUUAAUCUCAAUUCCAUUACACACUUUUGUUUUCCUUUCCCUAUUUUGCGUUGUUGCAAGUUGAUUCAAUUAUGUGUACUCUCCGUGCAGUUUGCCUUAAUUCGAUCAUUUCAAUUUCAAAAACAAACAAACACGAACACAAACAAAAAUAAAAACAAAACUUGCACUGCCAAUUAAACAAGCGAAAUGUUUAGCAACAAAAAUAUUAAUUAAUAAUAAUAACAACAGCAGCAACAAACAAACAGCAGCAGGAAACCAUUUGAAACACCCAAACACAAGGCAUGCGAAAUCAAAAAGAAAUCAGGAAAAUCAGAUAACAAAAUACACACACACAUACACCAUUUACUCAUUUUCAACGUAGUAGUUAUUUAAUAAAAUAAUUAAAAUUAAUUAUUUAAUUCAAUUUAGCUUGAA